AUGUCUCGAGUCCCUUUCGAGCUCCUAGAGCUCACCAUCCUCUCGGCCCAGAAUCUCGCCCCCGCCUCCCAAAAUCUACCAAAAAAUCUAUGCAAAAACCUGUCCAAGCAUCACAAAACCUACGCGGUCGCAUGGAUCGACCCGACCCGCAAGCUAAAAACCCGACCCGACACCAAGGGCAAUAACAACCCGCAUUGGAACCAGAAGUUCGUGUACCGGGUCGAGGACAAGCACAUGGACUCGGAUACGGCCUCCGUCGUCAUGGAAAUCUACGCGGUCGGGUGGUUCAAAGACAACCUCGUCGGCUCCGUCACCGUUUUAAUCCGCGACCUCAUCCCGGCGGACGUCCGCCACGAGCGCCGAGUGGUGGCCCUCCAGGUCCGCCGCCCCCACUCGGGCCGGCCCCAGGGCAUCCUCAGCGUCGGCGUCGCCCUCCUCGACAACACCAUGAAGAGCAUGCCGCUCUGCCCGGCGUUCGUCGUCUCCGGAGAUAAAAAAUUGACCCGGACGCUCAGCGAUCAGACGGAUUUGUCACGGAUGCCCGGGGAGAAGAAGCGGAAGACGGUUGGUCUUAUUUGCCCCUUCGCCGGCGACAUCGCCGCUGACAUCGCCUGCGACGGCACCGGCAACGGCGCCGAUGAGUCGGUGAUAUCGGAUUUGGGGCCUUCGCCGUCGGUGGUGGCGAUCGCGGUGGCGCACGGGCUGUAUCCGCUGCAGCAGCGGACGGCGGCGGCGAAUACGGGGAGCUUGGUGCUGGAGGAUUGGACGGUGCGGCGGGAGGAGGCGAAGGUGGAGGAUUUGCAGACGAAGCUGGAGCAAUGGCGAUUGGACCAAGGGUACCAGAGGCUCGGGAACACCGGCGAUAAUAAGAGGCAGGGGAAGAGCAUCCACCGCCGGAGUAGAACGGCCGAAGGCAGCGAGGGCGACGGCAUGUUCUCAUGCUUCGGGAAUGCAUGCGGUUGCGAAUUCGCCGUCAGUUACGGUGGCGGCGGGAAGAAUCGCCACCGUGAUUCCACUAGCGGAAUUGUAAUUUCUUGA